GACCACGACGACCUCGGAGGACGGCCAGACGCACAGGAUGUACCACCUCGCCAAGGGUCUCUACCGCCUGGCGACAAGCAAAGAGGAGUACUCGGUCCUCCUCCUCGGCCUCGACAACGCCGGCAAGACGACGUUCCACGAGCAGGUCAAGUCCAUCUUCUCGCCCGACGGCCCGCCGCCGAACCUCAAGACGGUGCCGACGGUGGGCCAGAACGUGUCGACCAUCGUGCUGCCCGACAUGUACCUCAAGCUGUGGGACGUGGGCGGGCAGCUGUCGCUGCGCAAGCUGUGGCAGAGCUACUACGCCAGCUGUCACGCCAUCGUCUUCAUCAUCGACAGCACCGACAUCGGCGACGGCAGCCUGGAGCACGACUCGUCCGGCCGGCUCGAGGAGUGCCGCCUCGUGCUCGAGGACGUGCUGCAGAACAGCGAGGCCGAGGGCGUCCCGCUGCUCAUCCUGGCCAACAAGCAGGACCGCGAGGACUGCGUCGAGGUGGUGCGCAUCAAGGAGGGCCUCGUCAAGCGCGUCUUCGAGGGCGAGAAGGCCGGCGGCAUCCGCGACUCCCGCGUCCUCCCCGUCUCGGCCCUGACGGGCACCGGCGUCAGGGAGGCCGUCGACUGGGUGCGGUCGAGGGUCAAGUGGAACAAGGAGAGCCGCCCGCCGCUCAUGAGGUGACGAUGGAAUGCCGGCCUCCUCCUCCUCCUCCUCCUCCCCCUCCCUUUCCUUUUCCCAAGCGAAAGUCUUCGUUCGCCAACCUGAUCGCGGGCAAUGGAUACCCAGCUUCCUAGACAGGACAGCGAUAUUUCCCCCCGGGGCAUGUCGCUUUUCGAACCAGCCAUGUCAAGGACGAUUCGUCCCAGUGUGUGUGGGUAGUUGCCGGUCUAAAGCCGUGCUCCCGAUCACGGCUUAGCGCACAGGCGACCGAACCAUGAGAGCGACAUUGUGUCUGGAUACGUCAGCAAUCCAAACUCGGCGACAUUCCAGCUGGUAAAUCCCGGGCAUUGGAAAGAGCAGGGAGGGAGGUGAUGCUUGGUCAUUCUAUCUCGCUCUGGGCCUGACCAUCCCCAGUAACCUGAACAGCGAGCUCGAGCCGUCGCGUGCCGGUCCGGCAGGCUAGGCUGCUGGUGUGAAUCAAGGUACACAGGAGUACACAGGAGUACCCACGAGGAAUGGGUUAUCACGGAGGCUUGACCCAAUGGACCUUUUUUUCUUCUUUUCUUUUUUUUUCUUUUUAGUUUGAAUUGGAUACCCAUAUUAGUCAUGGAGUUGAGAGGAAUACGCAGGAAUUUAUGGCUUUCGUGCCGGAGAUACGAAUUCGAUAUCAAGGAGAUAGCACAAUCUCCUACUUUCGAUCCCAC